AUGCCGUCAGUUCCAUUCGCGACCUUUCUCAUCAUUUGCCCCGUCUCCUUUUUUCUAGGCAUUAUCUUCUCCCUCUUCCCAUAUGACUACCCGCUUCUAUGGUCUUCGUCGCCUACGCCUGCCGCCCAUUUCGAUGCCAUCGAGGCGCAUUUAAAGCUGCUACACCAUGCGCCGAAUCUAAUCCAGCGGAUUUUACAUAUCAUGCUCACCAUGGGCCUCUUGGGCCUCGUCACCAAGCUCUAUAAACCCAGCGAGUCGAAUAUGUUGUUUGACGGUGGCAGUCUGGUCCUCUACAUGGUCGCGGUAAUUGUGUAUAUUGCCAACAUUAUCAAAGGGCUUCGGAUUGUUAGCGAGGGGUCUUAUGGCUUGGGUCUGCAACAGUUGACGGAAGACCAGCGCGACAACGUGGAUAUGUCAGGCCAUGAUGUAGACACAGGGGAUAGCGUGCUAGGCAGGGAGGACAACCUCAAGGUGUUGGCCGCGAGCAACACCAUUCUGGCUUUGGUACUGGUUGGAGUCUUGGUCCUGCAGAUUGGUCAAUGGUACGCAGAGCGGAGUGACGAGCGCGCCCUCAAGGAGUUUGAAGAGAGAGAGGAGGCGGAGCGUGAGAAGAAAGAAAGCGAAGGGCCUAGUUCGUCUGUGAAGAGACAGAGCAGCGGACGAGAGGGCAAGAAGACUAAAUGA